CCCAUAGCAAAGUUUAACUUGAUGUUACAGGCGACAGGAUAUGUACAAAGGACGAGGAGGACGAAGGGGAAAGGAUUUCAAGAACAACCGGAGUCAGCAUAAUGGCAACAAUAGCAGUCUUGGCUGGCAUAAAAUAUUGAUACGAGACGGAGGGAAUGCAAACAAAGAUGAGGUUCUUGAAUCUAUACGUAACUUAGUACAUGAACCUUUCACCCCUAUAUUGUUUGAAGCUGAAGGAAAGAAUCUUGUUUUCUAUUUAGAAGAUAAUGGCCGUGCUGCUCAAGCCAUCGUACAAACAAGUAGGAGAAUUACUCUGCCCUCUGGUGUUCGAAUCUCUCUUAUGAGUAACAGAUCUCCUCCUCCAAACAGACCAGUAGCUGCCAAUCAGCAUGAUAGUUUGAAACGUAUUAUGAGUGAUCGAUAUUCUCCAGAACUGAAACGACUAACUCUGAAGAACUUUCACAAUGAUGCCAAUCUAAUAAAAGAAGGUAUCUUCUGUCCCUUGUACCGCCAACCCAACCUGCAACUGGUGGUGGAUAUUAUUGUUGAAAAUAUACCUCAAGUUGAAGAGAUUGACCUUAGUCACAACAAGAUCAACAACCUUGAUGCAUUAGGUUGUGUUGUAACCUCCUGCCCCAACCUUCAAAAACUUGACUUGGGGAAAAACAAGCUCCUAAAUAUGGACUCCCUGAACCAGCUUGCCGGGCUUAAUCUUACUGAACUGACUCUAGAAGGCAAUCCUCUCUGUGACAAGUUCAGGGAGACGGAGGUUUACAUCAGUGCUGUGAGGAAACUCUUCAAUAAGGUUUUGUAUUUGGAUGGACAAGAACUUCCUAAGCCUAUAGGGUUUGAAGUAGAUGAAGAUGAUAGCAAGAUUCCCAAGAGUGUUCCUGCCUAUUUUGUUUUACCUGAUGUUAAGGACCUCGUACUACAGUUUAUUGAACAAUACUACCAGAUAUUUGAUACUGAGGAUAGAAAGCCAUUGGAGGCUGCAUACUCCAAAAAUGCUCUGUUUUCCCUCACGUGCCACUUCCCAGAUACUGGCCCCGGUGCCCGGCUCUCAAACCUCUAUAUAUCUGACAAUAGGAAUUUGAAAAAGGUGUUUGCUUCUGACCAGCGACAUAAGCUGGUGUUUCAAGGCCGCAGUACAAUUGGUUGCGUUCUGCGGCAGCUGCCAUCCACCGUUCAUGAUCCUCCAUCCUUCACUUUGGACGUUCCAGUGGCAGAUCCUAAGCUGAUAGUAGUGACUCUGAGUGGGGUGUUUCGUCAGCAUGCAGACAGAAAUCCGCCUAUUCGGUCAUUCACGCGCACUUUAACAAUCAUCCCUGAAGGAACAGGUUUUUGCAUAUGUAAUGAGCAGCUUUUCAUUACCAGAGCAACAAUUGAUCAAGUUAAGAGGGCAUUUAAAACUCCUAUUGUGCCAGUGGAAAAUAUCCAGCCAGUGCCUGAAAAUGUUCCAGUUCCUCAACAGGACACACUUGUACCACUGCAGGAAGCAAUGAUUCUUAAAUUUUCUGAGGCAUCAGGAAUGUUACCUCAGUUUUCACAAGUGUGUUUGGAGCAGAAUGCUUGGGACUUCAACAAGGCUGGAGAGAUAUUUACAAAGUUGAAGGCAGAAAAUAAGAUCCCACCUGAAUAUUUUGCCCAAAGUCUUUAAAGUUCACAUAAUGAUAACAGUCAAAAUUUAUAUAAUUCCUGAUUAGUUGUGAAAUACUUCAAAAACACUUAACCUUUAUAAAGCAUUAAAAAGACUGGAAAGUUUGUAAGUUUUAUUAAAAUAAAAUAAAUUUCUGAUUACAUAAUUACCGGUAUGUUACGUGAAAUGUUGAUUGUGGGCAUAACAUGCUUAAGAGUGCAAGUGAUGAUGAAACUUGACAGUGGCUUUCACAGCUCUUCCAGGUGCACGACCAUUGUUAGCCAGCCUUACCAUUUUUGCCGAGAACAAUUUGCCGUUUUUUAAUGUGACAUUGUAAAGGUUUACGUGAUCCAGAAUCCCUGUGUCCUCGGUAAUGGCUAGUUGAAAUUUGAGCGUACAAAUUAAAGGUAAACCGAAGUGCUGAUUUUAUAUUCUAAAAUGCAAAGUGUUUAUUUAGAUCUCUGAUGCCCCUUUUUGUAGCCUAUCCAUCCUUGGAGGGAUGACCAAGUACGUGGUUAUUUCUGGACACAUUUGGUUUUGGGUGAAAGGUUUUUGAUGGAGCACCUGAAUCAUAAGUUAGGGAAUCCUAUGUGCUAAUUUUGCCAUCAUCAAAGUGAAACUGGUCCAGUGUGAUUGGCAAAAAAAAAAGAUGAUUUGUUUUGAAAAUAACUAUUAUUUUUUUAAUUGCUGUAGUUUAUAAGGCUGUUCAUGAAAUCACUGGAUUUAUGUCCAAAUGAGAAUUCACAACUCACAUAAUUGUUUAAUUUUUCAUUGUCAUAUGUGGUACAUCAUUUUGCUGACUUGGUGGCUACCUAACAUAAAAAUAUUUAACUUCAUCUAUUAUUUGUUUUUCUUGUCUUUCAUCUUAUCAUUUCAAAUUUUUGACAGUAAAGUUCAAAACUGCUAAAAAUAAAUAAUUAUUGUUUGGUAAAUGUGGUUCAGAUAUUCUAUAACUAGAAAAAUAUUUUAGUUACAUAGAACAGAGGCUGCAUGGUGAAUAAUUGACUUCCUGUAUAUAUUUCAUGAAUGUAUGGAUAAUAUUCUGUAAAUAUGUUUUAUAACAAAAAUAUAAUAAAUUCUGUGCUGUGGAAGGUGUCCUCAAAAAGCAA